CCCUAGCUAGUUAGCUGAAUCUCCGGACGCAGGUAGAAGGUCCAAAAUAGAUUACCACAGCUUAAAGUUUGCUAAUAUAAACGCCAGCUAAAUAAACAAGUUACUUGCGAAAGACAUUCUUGGUUACAUGGGGAGGUAUGCAGUGAUGGCUUCCACACGGCUCGCCUAGUAAUGGGACAGGAAGCGGGCAAGUCUGCCUGGCCCAAACCCUCUGGCGGCUACCAGACGAUCACAGGGCGGCGUUACGGCAGGAGGCACGCCUACGUCACCUUCCGGCCCACCUCCUCCAAAUGCAGAGUGGCAUCUGCUGAGGACCGACAGGAAAUGGAGAUGAACAGCGUGGAGGGAGAACGCCCGAUAACUACCAAGGGGACAAACAUCUCCUCCAUGCUGCAGGCCAUCUUCCCCAAGUCCUCCCCCAGCACCGUGCACCCUGAGCUGGCCCUGCGCUCCACGAAGGACCCUCCUCCUCUCACCCGGAAGCAGGGCGCGGGGCGAGGCGGCUCGGAGGGAUCGUCCGGAAUCACGCGCAAGAAGCUGCGUAGCGACCGCUCCGUCGCCCCCGAGCCCAUGGAGCAGGGGGCGGAGGCCAGCGCUUGGCCUCUGACGAGAGAGGAGGAAGAGGACGACGAGGAGGAGGAAGAGGAGAGGAGGAGGACCCCAGUGUCCCCCAACCCCAGCACUCUCAGCUUCGUCAACAUUGACUCCUAUGAACCAGACAGCAGUGAUGCUGACGAUGACGAGGAUGAUGACGACGAUGACGAUGACGAUAAAGGUCAUGACCUUGAUGACUCGGGGACGGAGUUGGACCCUGCGUCUAGCCUGUUGAAUCUGGACAGCAUGAUCAGUGAGCUGGAUAAAGACUAUGAUUACCUGAGUGGCCUCCACUCGUACCUGCGCAACAGACUGGGCAGCACCACAGGUGGGGGAGGGGGUGGGGGAGGAGGAGGAGGAGGGGGUGGCAGGGUGGGAGGUGCCGUCGGCGAUGGCAUGGACUCGGUAGUGCACACUGCUCUAGAGGAGGAAGCUUCUUUGCCUGGCAGGGUCCCCAUAGGGACGCGUUGGGACGCUGAGCGGGAGUGUGAACGUCCUUCUCGUGCCUCCUGCACGGACACUGAGAUGGACAGUUUUGGGGUGGCGACGGUGACAGGGACAGGGAUGGUGAUGGGGUUGUUGGGUGCACAGAGCUCUGAGACGGGGUCACAAAUGGACACACAGAGCACAAUGGACAGUCAUGAAACUGCUGCUGCUGUUGCUGCCAGUGCCAGUUCCAGUGCUAGCGCCGCUACUGCUAGUACUGCUAGCGCUAGUACCGCUACUGCUAGCGCCGCUACUGCUAGUACCGCUAGUGGUGUGGCCUCUGCUACUGCUGCUGCCGCGGCUACCUCGGAGAUGGUAGUACGGCCCAAGAUACGCAAGCAGACAAGCGAGUCACAUCUGGAGAAAAAGCCCUCUUCAUCCUCUUCAUCAUCGCCCCCCUCUGCUACAUCCUCUUCCUCGGCCCCGGAGACGCUGGCGUUUGGUGGUGGGUGCGGAGUUGGAGGCGUAGUUGCGAGUGGAGGUGGUUGUAGCGGCGGGGGCGGCAGCAGCAACGUUGGAAAGAGCAACGCAGGGAAGCUGAAGUGCGGCUCGGCCCCGCCGUUCUUCCUGACGCAGACGGAGCGGCCCGGGCCGGCGUUCCUCUUCGACUUGCCCAAGCUGGACUGCUGCCACCCAGCCGCCUUGGUACCGAGACCGCCUGCGCUGCCACGAUGCCAGGAUGGCACCUCCGCCGGCACCGCCACAACGAGGCUCGGCACGCGCCGCACGCCCAUGAAGCGGCCGGAGGACGAGGAUGAUGAUGAGGAGGAAGAUGACUUCUGGGAAGACCUGGAGGAGCUCGGGGAGAAGAUCGCCCUGGCCAGGCAAGCAGAUGAAAGCUCGGAGUGCAGCGAGGGGGAGUGGUCUGCGUCGUGGGCAUCGGACUCUGGACUGGAGCCGGAGCGGCGGUCUAGCGAGGAGAGCUGGGAGACGCUGCCCUGGCUAGAUGAGCUCCCCGCGGGGGAGGAGGAGCAGGGGCCGGGGGCCCAGACCUCCAGCCCCCUCACCUCCACCACAGACCAGGAGCCGGCUCCUCUGGAGGAGGGGGAGAUCCCCUGGUUGGUGUAUAACCAGGAUGGGGGCAGCAGCAGUGAUGAGGAGGGCGACGGCCUGAGCCACUUUGUGCACCCGGGACUCUUCAUCCUGGACGGAAACAACAACCUGGAGGAUGACUCCAGCGUUAGCGAAGACCUCGACACCGAGUGGAGGUUGCUGAAUGACUUUGGAGAGGGGAUGGCCCAGGCGAUGUCCUACCUCGACCCCCAGCUGCUGACCUUCAUGGCUCUGGAGGAGCGGCUGGCCCAGGCCAUGGAGGCUGCGCUGGCCCACCUGGAGUCGUUGGCCAUCGAGGUGGAGCAGGCUCACCCCCCCGCUACUGAGCAGAUCAUAGAGUGCCUGCCCCAGAUCACCAUAGACGACCACCACAGCGGCCAGGAGCAGUGCUGUGCAAUCUGCUGUAGUGAGUAUGUGAAUGGGGAGAUCGCCACCCAGCUGCCCUGUCAACACAUGUUCCACAAACUCUGCGUCACACUCUGGCUCAGGAAGUCUGGAACGUGCCCCGUGUGCCGCCAUGUCCUGAGUCCCCCCCAGCCGGAUCCCCCCGUCCCCGUCCACACCUCCUUCACCUCCGAACAGGAGGGCCCACCAUCCAAUCACAGCGCAGGAGGAACACGAUGAGCCAAUCACACAGCAGAGAAAUCACACACUUACUACAUACACACACACACACACUUGUUUGCACACCAACAGCAGCACAUUCGCUUCAUCUCUCCCUGAGCCUACAAGGAUACAAGGAUGCGUCUUUGAGAAAGACAAACGAUGAUGAUGAUUAUGGACGUAUUCAUCUCCUGCUAUUCAGGAUCAGCAGGGGCCAGUCGAGGCCGUCAAAGUCAAUCGAUCGAUCAGUACUUCACUUUUCUCUUCUCUUCUCUUCUUUCUCUCUCUCUCUCUCUCUCUCUUUUGUUUCGUCUUUCACUCACUCACUCACGCUCUUGUCUAGUAAGAUUCUGUUUUCUGUUGUCCUUCCAUGAUGUCCGUUUGGGAAGGCAUGGGUGAGCGCCACGCUCUGCUCUUAUUCUGUCAAAGGCAGGAAUCGCAGCCACAUGUAGGCUAUUCUUAGCAUUGAAGAAAAAAGAAAAUCAGCUUUGGUUCACAGAAAUGUUUUAAAAAAAGAGGAGACAAGAAAAGAGUUGAAAAGACAUGGAUAUUGUUAUGGGACGUUUUUGGUUGACUUUAUUUUUACAUGUUAGAGAAAAUAAGAGAGAAAAAGAGAAGGCCCAUUGUAAGAGCUGGCUGCAAAGUGCUCUAAUGUUAUUGUACUGUAUGCCUCAAUUCCUUUAUCACCACGGAAACAGAAACCCAGCACGUGAUAAUAAACACAGUAGUGGGAAGAUA